UCAUUUGAAGGUUUGGCUAAAACAUGAUUUAAAUUGUUAGCCUUUGAUGAUUAGUAUUUUAUUUAAUGGAAAAUAUCCUUCAACCUCCGGGGCACUUUCCCCUCUCUCCCUGCGCCGAUAACUUCGACGGCGGAAGAUGGCGGACGGCGGUGCCAAUGCUCCAUCUUCCCCACCGGAAAACGGCGGAGAGUUUCUAUGGUCUCUUUUGCAUCGACGACCUUGUCCGCAGGGUCCUGAUCCUUUGACCACGCCGCCGUCGGAGCAUCCAUCCGUCGCUCUUGAUCCGGCAGUCGCCGCCGUUGGCCGUAAAGGCCCCGCCUUUCCGCCGCUGCAUUUGUCGUCCGACGGCUGUGACCUCCCCGGUACGCCCACUCCUCCUUGGCCGCACUCUCUUUCGCCGCCUAAUCUUCCACCCGGUUUGCUACGGCUCUCUCAAUUUCCACUUAACUCUUUUCCUGCAAACCGUUUUGACGGUAAUCAGAGACUAUUGGGGGAAGAUUCUCAUAGAUUAGGCUUUCAUGGCACUGCGAAUCACGCAAUUCAGUCCGUAGUACAGCGGCAGCAGAAGCCGCCACCAUCAGCCGAGCAGCCGAAGCUCGUGUGUGGGUCGCUCUCUGCGGACUCUAUCCAAAAUCUAAAUGGUUCAUUGAAUGGGAGCUUGGUUUAUGAUUCUAAACUUCGUUCGGGCAAAGAUCAUGAACGGCAUAUGAGGCAUCCUCCAUCUGUUAUCUCCAAUACAAACUCAGGUUCGAACUGUUCCCGAAGUCAAAACUUGGAUCAUCAUGAGCGUAGGGGAGGUUAUGGAGGCCGGGGAAGCAUGGGUCACAGUGCAAAUAACGGCUGGAAUUUCAACUCUACCCUGCCUCCGGGAUUUGCAAAUAAGCAACGAGGGUGGGAUAGGAGUUUACAUGGAAACAAGGACGGUAAUAAUAUCAAUGGAGCUUUCCCGAGAAAUCCCAUUGGUAUAAAGGGCGACCCUUCUAAUUUAAGCGGCAGAAGUUUCAAUUCAGGUGUUGAAGAUAAUAAAUUAAGGAGUUUACACGUCCAGAAUGGGAGCAAGUUCAAGCUCAGCCAACAGCUUGGUCACCCUGGACCGCCAGCAGGUAGCAGCCUACACCCUGUGUCAGCAUCUGAUGCUGAGGAUUCCUUUUCGACCUUGAACAAGGAUGCUCAUGGUGAGGGAGGAGGCAAAGAGAAUUUGAAGCAGGAUACUAGACCAAAAAGGGAGGUCAGUGGAGAUUGCGAGACAGUUGAUAAUGAGAUCGAGGAUUUCGGAGAAGAUCUAGUGGAUUCUUUACUGCUUGAUGAUGAAGCUGGAGAUAAGAAGAAUCGUCGAAAUCAUCGUGACAAGGUAUCAAGAAUCGAUGACAGAGGACAGUGGCUGCUUAGCCAAAGGUUUAGAAUGCUUAAAAUGCAUACGGCAUGCCGAAGUGACAUCCACAGACUAGAUGCUCGCUUUCUUGCAGUUUACCAGUCACUAUUUCCUGCAGAGGAGGAGCUGGAGAAGCAGAAACAACUAUUAGCAUUGCUAGAGAGAUUGGUUAGCAAAGAAUGGCCUCAGGCUAAAUUGUACCUGUACGGGUCAUGUGCUAAUUCUUUCGGCUUUCCUAAGAGUGACAUUGAUGUUUGCCUUGCAAUUGAAGACGCUGAUAUGGACAAGUCUGAGAUGUUGCUAAAACUGGCUGAUGUCUUGGAAUCAGAUAAUCUCCAAAAUGUGCAGGCUCUAACGCGUGCCAGGGUCCCAAUAGUAAAACUAAUGGAUCCAGUUACUGGGAUUUCCUGUGAUAUCUGCAUCAACAAUGUCUUGGCUGUUGCGAACACAAAGCUUCUCCGUGAUUAUGCUCGGAUAGAUGCACGGUUGCAGCAGUUGGUUUUCAUUGUGAAGCAUUGGGCAAAGUCAAGAAGAGUUAAUGAAACUUAUCAAGGAACAUUGUCCAGCUACGCGUAUGUUUUUGAUGUGCAUUCAUUUCUUACAGCAGCGUAGGCCUGCAAUUCUUCCGUGCUUACAGGAAAUGGAGGGUAGGGAAUGACCGGCAUUUGAUAUGCAUAGAAGACCCGUUUGAGACGAGCCAUGACCUGGGUCGGGUAGUGGACAAAUUCAGCAUCCGCGUACUGAGGGGAGAAUUCGAACGAGCUGCAGAGAUCAUGCAGCAUGAUCCAAAUCCAUGCGCAAAGCUUUUAGAACCCUAUGUUAGGGAAGUAACAAACAACUAAAGGGAACUUGGUAGAUGUGUAUAUAUAUCAAUGCAAUGGUGCUUUGAGAGUUAUAUGCUCUUGUCUUUUUCUUUUGGUUUUGGUUGUUUCUUCCGUAGAGAAGUUCCCCCAUGGCAUUAUUUGAUCUUAAACUUUUUCUAGUUUUAGUUUGAAGAAAUUUGCGCUAAAUAUGACAAUUUU